AUGGCAGCGUCGCAAGUUACGCCUGGGGCAGCGAUCAAGCUGGGCCUCGACGAGCUCCAAGCCAUCUUUGAGCGAUUGCCGUUCAUUGAGCAGGCGCUGACGGUAAGCCGCCUGAGCCGGGAGUGGCGCGAGUGGUCCGACGCCCGCUGCGGCCCUUGGUGCGGACCCGGCGACGGAGCCAUCGCUGGCGACCAAGACUCGGAGGCCCACCGCGACGCCGCCUCGGGCCCGGACGCCGCCUCCACCUGCGCCCGCUGCGGCUCCCGCCGCGCGCGCCUGGAGGCGUCCUCGCCGCGCGCGCCGCUCUGGGCGGUGCGCGACCACUGGCCGGGGCUGUCGUGGCGCCAGGAGUUGGUGGCGGUGCAGCGCGCGGCGCGGCACGGAGAUCUUGAAGUUCUGCAGUGGCUCCACCAGGCGGGCCUCUAUACCUUCCACGCCGGCGGCCUGACGGUGCUGACCCUCGCCGCCCACGGCCACGCCGACGCGCUGCGCUGGGCGGCCGACGAGGCCGGCGCGCUGUGGCACGAGGACGCGUGCGCCGCGGCCGCGCGGGGCGGGCACCUUGGAGUGCUCGCGGUCGCGCACGCGCGGGGGCGCCUGGCCCCGGAGGAGCGGGAGCGGUGCAGGCGGGCGGCGAAGGGGGACCCUGCUGUCUGCGAGUGGCUGGACGGCCUGAUGCUGCUGGACCUGGCGCUGGAGUGA